AUGCCAUUCUUCAGCGGGCAGGAGAACCUUCUCCAAUUGAACCAAGAGGGAUUCGACUUUAACAUCCAGUUCGAGCAGUUGUUUUUCUCCAUCAUACCAUCUGUUGUAUUUAUCGUAAUAUCGCUAUGGCGAACGUUUUCUCAGGCUCGAAAACCCACUGUGGUAAAUGCGCCAACUUUUCAGCUCAUCAAAUUGGCUGCCAUCACCAUCUAUGUCGCGCUAGAACUUUCCCUCCUAGUUCUGGUAGCUCUCGGCUCAUUCCAUGCUACCAAAAUGUUCUUAGCAGCUUCGGUACUUAAACUAGUUUCCGCUCUACUGAUGAUAACAUUGAGUCUUGUUGACCACAAGAAGAGCCCGAGGCCUUCUGUGCUUUUGAACAGCUACUUGUUUUUGACACUUCUACUGGACGCAGCUCAAGCAAGAACGUUGUUUCUUUCAUCAGAUAACAGACCAGAAACCACUUAUAGCAGUGUUUUCAGUGCGGCUAUUGCUUUGAAGGUCGGCAUUUUGCUGUUAGAGGCUCGAAAAAAGUCGAGAUGGGUAAGCUGGGACGAAAAGGAGCAUAGUCCGGAGGAGACGAGCGGUAUUUUCUCGCUAAGCGUGUUCUCCUGGCUUAACAGGAUUUUCCUGCAGGGCUACAGUAAAGUUUUGACUUUGAAAGACUUGUUCCCACUGGAUAGCUCUUUGAGUAGUGACACCCUUCAUCAUGAGUUCUCCAAGAGAAUGGACUACAGUAAACUCCGAGGCGAUAAAUUUGGGUUAUUGAAGGUUAUGACACGCACGCUUGCAGUUCCUCUUCUACUUCCCGUUCUUCCACGCUUAGCACAUUUGGGGUUUAUCAUCAGCCAGCCAUUCUUCAUCGAGAGUUUGUUAGAACAUUUAUCACAACCCAAGAUAGAGGCGAACGUUGGAUAUGGUUUUAUUGGAGCUAGUCUUCUACUGUAUGCUGGCAUUGCAGUCAGUACUGCGCUGACAUGGUACUUUCAUCAUCGAAUGCGUACAAUGGCAAGAUCAAUAUUGGUCACUGAAGUAUUUGUCACAGCUACGAAAGCUCGUAUCGGGACUGCCGAUAAUAGCGCUGCUUUGACUCUUAUGAGCACCGACAUAGAGCGGAUAAAAAUGGGUUUAAGAACACUGCAUGAUGCUUGGGCGGCUAUUAUCCAGGCAGGCAUAGCAGCUUGGAUGUUAUACAGUCGAUUGGGUGUAGUCUUUGUCGUUCCAAUAGUAGUGGUUGUCGUCUGCUUUAGCUGCUUAGGCGUUCUUCUAAACUUCGCUGGCGACUCUCAAAGAGGCUGGAUGGCGGGAGUACAAAAACGGGUCGGUCUAACGGCAACAGUGAUUGGUAGCAUGAAGAACCUAAAAAUAUCCGGUCUUUCUAGUGCUGUUAAAGACUUCGUACAUAACCUCCGCGUUGAAGAGCUACGAGGGGGUGCCAGGUUCCGCAAGAUAUUCAUCAUGGCAGCACUACUAGGCUUUUGCCCGCUCUUCCUCAGCCCUCCGUUGACGUUUGCAUUCGCUCGGCAAACCUUGGACUCGACUAAAAUGUUUACAAGUCUCUCGUGGCUAUUGCUAUUGACCUACCCGCUAUCACAGCUCUUCUCGGCAGCGCCAGUGCUUCUCUCCGGACUUGCCUGUUUAGGAAGAAUUCAGUCCUUCCUGGAGUGCGAAACUCGUCACGACUUUCGACAAGUUUUGGCUGACUUACGGCUGAAUUCGAAAAAAUAUGGUGUAGACGGAGUGACCGCAUUUGGCUCGAUGCCGGCUGUGGAACAUCCUAUCAUCGUUAAGGAUGGUCAUUUUGGUUGGCAAGAAGAGAAUUUCGUGCUACAUAACAUCAACACCCGAGUGUCAAAGUCAUCACUCACUCUAGUCAUUGGACCAGUCGGUUCGGGAAAGUCUACGUUUUGCAACGCAUUACUUGGGGAAAUACCUUUUAGCAAAGGUAACACGUUUCUAAGUACUAGAUUCCCUCAUGUCGGAUUCUGCGAGCAAACAGCAUUCCUUUCGAACAGGUCAAUCAGAGAAAAUAUUAUAGGUUUCUCGUUGUUUGAUCCUGAGAGAUAUGCUGAAGUCAUUGAGGCUACCGCUUUAGGCUUUGAUGUCAACUCACUACCACAGGGUGACAAAACGAUCAUUGGCUCAGAUGGCGUCACAUUGUCGGGAGGUCAGAAACAACGAGUUUCCCUGGCACGAGCUCUAUACCUACAAUCAGAUCUGCUUGUUCUAGAUGAUAUCUUUAGCGGCUUAGAUGCAGAUACAGAGGAGCAGGUGUUUCGCCGAGUAUUUGGGCCAGACGGUUUACUCAGAAGACGUGGGUCGACGGUCGUUCUGUGCACUCAUAGUGUCAAACAUUUACACGCAGCGGACCACAUAAUAUCACUCGUGGAGGGUACUAUUGUUGAGCAAGGUAGUUAUGACCAACUAACAGCCGGCCAAGGGUAUGUUCAGAGUCUCGAUUUGAAGGACUUUUCCGCUAUUGAUGCUUCAUCCGAAGGAUCGAAAUCACAGAACAGCAUAUCAGAGCCAGAGCGAACCCAUGCAUUGAAAACGUUCGAUACACAAUCUCUGAUGCCGAUGGAUGAUGAGUCGCGACAACAUGGGGACAAGACCGUUUACAAACACUACGUAAAGAGUAUGGGAUCAAUACCAGCGGCUCUUUGCGUGAUAUCUGCAAUCCUUUUUGGUUUCUUCACGAAUUUUCCAACAAUCUGGCUCAAAUACUGGAGUGAUGACACCUCGUCACUACAUCCCACACAUUCAUUUGCCUACUACGCCGGCAUAUUCGCCUUGCUUCAAAUUUUCGCGAUUCUUUCGUUACUUUGUCUUGGUGUAGUAUUACUCGUUGUCGCAGUAAAAAGGGUUGGAGCAAAUUUACACCAAGAUGCUCUAUCUACAUUAAUUAGAGCGCCUCUUAGCUUUUUCACAACCACAGAUACUGGAGUCGUUACGAACCUUUUCUCUCAAGAUCUGAAUCUUGUAGAUACCGAGCUGCCCGACUCGUUGUUGAAUUUUCUUUUCUGUACCUUCCAAGCCAUUGGACAAGCUGGAAUAAUGCUUAGCUCUUCGCCCUACUUGGCAAUCAGCUAUCCAUUCUUAGGUGCGCUGCUAUAUGUCAUGCAAAAGUUUUACCUGCGUACCUCAAGACAGUUGAGACUACUAGACCUUGAGACCAAAAGCCCUUUGUAUACACAUUUCCUUGACACUGUUAGGGGCAUUACAACUUUGAGAGCAUUUGGUUUUAUCUCUGACGAUAUCCAAAAGAACGCUCUCUUAAUCGAUUCGAGUCAACGGCCCGCGUAUCUUCUUCUCAUGAUUCAAUCAUGGCUGACCUUUGUUCUUGAUAUUGUCGUCAUGGUGAUGGCAGUGGUUCUGACGACUCUUGCUGUUCGUCUUCAUUCUAGUUCUGGUUUCGCUGGUGCGUCUCUUGUCACGCUUAUGGGAUUCGGAGAGAAUUUGUCAGGGAUUGUCAUAUAUUACACGAAGUUGGAGACAUCUAUUGGGGCAAUUACGAGACUCAGAACUUUCAACGAAACCGUCAUAGCCGAGGACAAGGUCGAUGAAGAUAUUGUUCCGCCUGAGGAGUGGCCACAGAAUGGGAUGAUAGAGUUGAGGGGUGUAUCGGCGAGUUACAAAACGGAAGAGGGAAGAAACAAGCCACUCAGUCUAGCUCUCAGCGAUAUCAACCUAACCAUAAACUCCGGCGAAAAGAUCGCAAUUUGCGGCCGCACAGGAAGCGGAAAAUCGAGUCUCAUUGCUCUUCUUCUCAAACUUCUUGAUCCACUCCCAAACGCCCCAGGCGAGACGAUAAUCGACAACCUGCCUCUAAAUCUCAUCAAUCGAUCUAUCCUACGUCAACGUAUGAUUGCUGUCCCUCAAGAACCCGUGUUCCUACCAGACGGCACCACAUUCCAAGCAAAUCUCGACCCUUACGAAGUUUCCACCCCCGACAUAUGCCAGGAAGUCCUCGAGAUAGUCGGUCUAUGGCCCUUCAUCCAAAGCCGUGGUGGUCUCCAAGCCGGCAUGACAGCCGGAACCUUCAGUGCCGGACAACGCGGAUUAUUCUCCCUCGCCCGCGCUAUUCUCCGCCGUCGUCUUCGUCCUUCAAAUAGCGGUGGGAUACUGUUACUUGACGAAGUGAGUUCGAGUGUGGAUACCGAGACGGAACGUGUGAUGCAGGAGAUUCUCAGGUCUGAGUUUAGGAAUUACACGAUCAUUGCUGUGAGUCAUAGAUUGGACAUGGUUAUGGAUUUUGAUCGGGUGGUGGUUAUGGAUUUGGGGAGGGUGGUUGAGGUGGGUAAUCCGCUGGUUUUGGCUGGGGAGGAGGGGACAAGGUUUGCGGGGUUGGUGAGGGCGGGUGGGAAGUAG